AUGUUCAGCAAUGGAGCUGAAGUCUCAAAUGCGUCUAAUUCUAGGCUGGCCUUGGAGGAAUCUAAAGUGUCGUCUGAAAACGAUGUCGCAGGCUGCAUCAGGGCACUUCCUCAACAAUCAUCGUCGCUUAGCCAUGAUUCGUCUAGCAGUCAAUCUAAAACUCCGAGAUUUAAUUCUAAGAAUCUUCGUUCCAAUCUCACGCGAGAACAAGGUGAUAGGGAUCCAUUAUUCUUUUACGAAGUCGUGAACACUCUUGGAGCAGGGAGCAUGGGAUCCGUUGCAAGCGUUCGUAAGCGGACAGGCGUUAUUGGUGGAUCCGCGAGAAUCGGUAUUCAGGAAGCAGUCAAGCGACAAAAACGCAACAAGGAGUGCUUGGAGAUUCCAGUCAUAGGCAAUUUUCUACGUUGCUGCCUCGACGGUGACUUGGUUUUGGCUGGUCAUAGCUCGAGGAGAAGUCUAUUUGUUCGUGCGUCGGAGCAAGCUAGCAGCCUCAUGUGGCCAGUUAGCGAGCAGCAGCCAUCAGUGUUGUCCUCUAUUUCAAUUUACGACUCAUAUCAGGGGAGCAAUAAAUCUGCCGGUAACGCGAAACUCAACAGUGACAUCAUUUAUGCAAUGAAAUCUAUUCACUUGAACCGUGUUACUGAUGCAUCCUUUGUCUCGGAACUGAGAAAUGAAAUAAGUAUUUUGAAGCAACUUGAUCACCCACACAUUGUUCGAGCGAUGGAGACAUUUGAGCACCGUAACCAGAUUUUUAUCGUCAUGGAGCUGUGCUCUGGUGGUGACUUGUACAGCCGCGAUCCGUACACCGAGGAAGAUGCGGCUCGAAUUCUUUCUUCAGUGUUGGGUGCGCUUUCCUAUAUGCACAGCAGAGCUAUAGUACAUAGAGACUUGAAAUAUGAGAAUAUCCUAUUCGUCAAUGACUCGCCUAAAGCAGAGAUCAAGCUUAUCGACUUUGGUUUAUCAAAAGUUUAUGGCGACAAUGCUCAGCUAACCGAGGGAGUUGGAACUAUCUACACGAUGGCCCCAGAGGUUUUAAAAGGCUCGUACACAACAAAGGCCGACGUUUGGUCUGUUGGUGUUAUCGCUUACAUGCUUAUGUCGUCUCAAAUGCCUUUCUACGGCAGAAAGCGACGGCAUAUUGUUGAGCAAAUCUUGAGUUGUCAAUUUGACUUUCGAGGCCGUCGAUGGAAGCGGAUAUCAGACCCAGCAAAGUCUUUUAUAGAAGAUCUACUUGUUCUCGAUCCAGACGACCGUUCUGAUGCCAAAAGCGCACUGUCCUGCUCGUGGCUGAACAAGCGGUUUGCUUCAACAACACGGGAGCCACUGCAGGAAGAGGAAAAUAUGGCUCGCUCUGCUAUGCUUCGGUAUGCUGGAUAUACAAAACUUAAAAAAAUGGCUUUGAUGGUUGUUGCGCAUAGGUCCAGUACCGACGAAAUUGGAAUACUGAGGAAGGUAUUUCAAAAGUAUGAUUCACGGCGUGACGGAUCAAUAACUUUUGGAGAGUUCUGUCGCGCCCUCGAAGAGUUUGGACAUUCUGAAGAGGAUCUCGAGAGGAUGUUCCAGGCUGUUGAUUUGGAUGGCUCUGGAAGAAUACGAUAUACCGAGUUCCUAGCUGCGACAAUAGAGGCACAGGGUGCAAUUAGCGAGGAGCGGCUUGCAGAAGCUUUCGAUCGUAUCGAUUCUGAUGACUCGGGUUACAUUUCGGCUCAAAAUUUAGCAGAGAUGCUGGGCCAGGACUUUCCAGCAGAUGAGAUCAAUUCAAUAAUUCAAGAAGCUGACUUGACAAAGGAUGGCCUUAUAUCCUACGCCGAGUUUCUUGCUCUGUGGGAAACAAAAAAUGAAGAGACCCGUGAUCUACAGCUGAAACUACUUGGUACCCCUCUACAGCUUAGCGAGUUUGAGUUUCUGUCGUAUCGAGAAUCAAAAUGUAGUGUCGACGAGAGUUUUACGAGCGUCGAUGGAAUGAAUGGGAGGGCUAGUUUCAUUGUAGGGAAACAUGGAAACUCAAGGCAAACAAAACUUCCAUACGAUGGGAAUGAAGGCGAACCAAGCGGAGAACAUGCGACAUUAGAAGAGGCUUUCUUGACGAAAGAUUACAUUCCUUAG